AUGGGUCUGCUCCUACCCCUGGUGCUCUGUGCCGUGGCCGUGUGCUGCUCUACUAGAUCUGUGCCCGUGCAGGUGCCCAGCCGAUCCCUUCUCCUCCCCCAUGGCUGCAAUGACUCAGAUGUGCUGGCUAUAGCGGGACUUGCCCUGCAGAACAUCAACAGCGACCAAAAGAAAGGCUAUGUGCUGAGCCUCAACCGAGUGAGCAAUGUCCAAGAACACAGGCAGGAUGGUUUGGGAUCUCUGUUCUAUCUCACACUGGACGUGUUAGAGACUGACUGCCAUGUGCUAAGCAAGAAGUCGUGGAAGGACUGUAAACAGAGGCCCCUUCAUGAAUCGGUUUAUGGUCAAUGCAAAGCAUUAUUUUACGUUAACAAGCCAAGAAGAGUUCUUUAUUUACCUGCUUAUAACUGUACUCUUCGCCCAGUUUCUCAAAGAAAGAUUCAGCUUAUGUGUCCUGACUGCCCCGGCCCCGUUGACGUGUCAGAUCCCAAAGUUCUGGAAGCUGUCACUGAGACUCUUGCAAAAUUCAACAAGGAGAGCACCUCAAAGCAAUAUUCUCUCUUCAAAGUCGUUAGAGCUUCCAGCCAGUGGGUGUUUGGCCCCUCCUACUUUGUGAAAUAUUUGAUCAAAGAGUCACCGUGCACCAAAUCCCAGGCCAGCAGUUGUGCAAUUCAGUCUGGUGACCCUGUGCCUGUUGCUGUUUGCGAAGGUUCUCUGAGUAAAACAGACGUAGAAACGUUUGUCUCCGUGACUUGUAACUUCUUUGAAUCACAGGUAUCUGGGCUCCCUUUGAAACAUUCCACUAGAAAGGCACAGAACCAGCUUAGGCUGGUACCAGGCACAGCAGAGAUUUCCUUGGGGAACAUUCCCUUAUUGAAAGAGUUUUUAUUUCAGGAAAAUUCUACUACCCAGCAAAACACAGAACCCACCCACUCAUCCUCCAGAGCUGUGCCAAGAGGAUCUGUCCAGUACCUUCCUGAACUGGAUGAUGAGAAUUCUGGAGAAUCCCAGGAAAAUGGGCCUGUUGAGGCCUUCCCUGUGCAGCUGGAUCUAACCACAAAACCCUGGGGAGAAACCCUCGAUGUUUCCUUCCUCUUCCUGGGGCCUAAUAGUGAGCAGCUGGUUGUCCUACCUUUCCCCAAGGAAGAACACCGCUCUGCUAAGUGCCCAGGACCAGCCCAGGAUGGCAACCCUCUUGUUCUCCCACCAUGA